CUUUGGUCUAUCGUAAUUUUGCCCGCACCAGAACAUGGCUCCAGCGAUCGAAUUUCCAGAACCUUUUUUAGCAUUCUUGAAAGAAAAUAAUCUCAGUCUAGACGAAUAUGCGUUUGAAGUACCUCUUCCUCGGUACAUUAGAGUGAAACCACAACUUGCCGCAGCUUUGGAUAUCAAUGCGGUGGAAGCAGAGCUUGGGACUCCGCUGACCAAGGUGGACUGGCUAGAUGGAUUUUACAGACUAAGAGGAGAUGUCAAUAUUGCAAACUCAGCAUUAUUCAAAAGGGGAUCGUUCUACGGCAUCUGCGUGUCUUCCGGCGUGGCGGUCCAUGCUCUUGAUGUCGCUCCAGACGAUCAUGUACUAGAUCUCUGCUGUGCACCUGGCAUGAAGCUGUGCUAUGUUGCUGACCUUCAAGGAUCUGAUGGACAGGGAACCGUAACGGGGGUUGAUUUGUCACCGGAUCGAAUAGCCGUCUGCAAAGGGUUAUUGAAGAAGUAUCGUCUGGAAAGAGCCCGGUUGUUUAUCGCUGAUGGAACAAAAUUUGACGUAUAUGCGCCCUCACAAGUGGGAAAGUCUGCUGUAACCCCCAGCCUCCUCUCAUCUGGAUCUGCAAUCCGAAGCCAUGAAAGUGUCAUAGAUGAUGCUGUUGACUUAGAUGCUGAUCAAGUCUCCCUGCCAACAAACUCACUGUCCAGUACUAUCCAUUGCAUACCAUCUCGCACCGAGGCCGGUACAGGAGCGAAAACCAAACCAUUCCAUGCUACCAGACUGAUCCGAAAUGAUCCCCAGCUCAAACUCCCGAGUCUCCUAUAUGAUAAAGUGUUGGUGGACGCAGAAUGCACGCAUGAUGGCUCGAUCGUACAUUUGCUGAAGAAGGCCAUAUUAGGAUGGUCUGAUAUCGAACAAAAUUUCCUUAACCCUUCAAGACUUGAAACCCUUGAAGGUUUACAGAGAGGCUUGAUUUCUAAUGGUUAUCGACUGUUGAAGCCAGGCGGAAUAUUAGUGUACAGUACUUGCAGUUUUGCGAAAAAGCAAAAUGAGGACAUCGUAGCGUGGUUCCUCAAGCAACAUCCAGAUGCCCAGCUCGAACCAAUACCAGGGGUGGAUAAGUUCCCGCUUGCGCGCAGUCUCGUAAAUGACUAUCCGGAAAUGGACCUCUCUUAUACCAUUCGGUUCAGUCCGAUAGCGUCGCGGACAAGCGGAUUAUUUAUUGCUAGAAUUCGCAAAGGUAAAUAGUUCACGAAAUCGAUUAGGUUGAGCUAUGUAGUGUCACGGACAAGUGGAAGCGGAUUAUUUAUUGCCAGAUUCGUAGAGAUAAAUAGCCUAAGUUAUUACUGGUAUCAUACGAAUCAACGAGCAUAUAAGUAGCCAACUUGUUCUAGAAACUUUUUCAGGGUAUGCCCAAAAGCCAACUCUACAUAGCCA